UGUAGGCCUUGUGGAUCCAAGCUUGUGGCCGCCCCUGGGCCUCUGCUGUGCAUUCUCAGGCCUGGUUUCUCACAUCGACAUGCCUGCCCCUUCUCAGGCAUCCAGGGGCCCAGGACACACCCCACCCUGAGGGGUGACUCAGUGCCACUGGAAGGUGCAGGCAUCUGCAUAUUACAGGAUCCCAGGAUAGCCCAGGACAGCACAGUGGGACUGGAAUGAGACUGGACUUUCUUGUGACUGAACUAUUCAUGCUGUACAUACAGCAGAAAUCCCAUCCUGCCCUGUGGCUGAGAUCCAGUUGCCUAGGACUGUAUGGAACAGCAGCAGCUCUCUCACUGGAAACAUCCAGCCUGUCUCUGCCACCUCGCCAGGCGGUUCACCCCGCACCUGCCUCUCACAAACCCUUCGGGUGACCUCACGUCAGGAUAAAUCUCCAAGUCCUAGACAGACAGCAGAUCUGCGAUCCGAGUUCUCCCACCCCUUGCUGGGCUUUACAAGGGAGCCAAGGGAGCAGUAGUUCCUAUGCCCUCCAGCAUGCUUGCUACUGCUUCAUGCACCAAGUCCUUCCCGCCUGCAACACUCUCCCCGUACCUUUGCCACCUCAGUCAAGUAGGACUCCCAGUCUGAUAAAAGCCCACAGCAGCCUGGGUGCUUGCAGGACUGAAACUCAAAGCGUUGGGAGAAGUUGAUACCAAGUCAGGAAAGAAAAUCAGAAAACAGAUUCAGUUGCAUCAAGUGGCCAUACCGACACCGAGGUCUCACACACGCAGCUGGAAGGCCAGGUUGCCGGUUGCCACAAGCCAACCUGCUUCACCGCCAGAGCGUAGCAAACUGAAGGGUUCGGCCUCUGUGUCGGUACGGGUGGUGUUGGCGCAGCCAUUGGAACGCUGUGGGCGGGUUUCCAGGAAGAAGGGCUGGGCUUCGCAUGUUGUGGGUGUGGACCAAACGCUCCAGCCCUGCUCCCGCCCUCAGAUACACGCGGACGUGGUGACGUCUGGGUUCUCCCGGCGUUUCCCGGGCAGGGGCGGGUCACGUGAUCCAGUUUUCGCGCGAAAACCGGUGGCUGCUGGCGCGGUGGCACUAUCGCAGGGAUGGCGGAAUCUUCUGAGUCCUUCUCGGCAGCAUCUAGCCCUGCCCGGCAGCGGCGCCGAGUCAGUGAUCCCCUCACCUCCAGCCCGGGCCGAAGCUCCAGGCGUGCUGAUGCCCUCACCUCCAGCCCUGGCAGAGACCUCCCCCCAUUUGAGGAUGAGUCUGAGGGGCUGCUGGGCACUGAGGGCCCCGUUGAGGAUGAAGAAGAUGGAGAGGAACUCAUUGGUGAUGGCAUGGAGAGAGACUACCGUCCCAUUCCCGAGCUUGAUGUCUACGAGGCAGAGGGACUGGCCCUGGAUGAUGAGGAUGUGGAGGAGCUGACAGCCAGUCAGAGGGAGGCCGCUGAGCGGGCCAUGAGGCAGCGGGACCGCGAGGCUGGCAGAGGCCUGGGCCGCAUGCGCCGGGGGCUGCUGUAUGACAGCGAUGAGGAAGACGACGAACGACCUGCCCGUAAGCGCCGCCACGUAGAGCGGGCCACAGAGGAUGGCGAAGAGGACGAGGAGAUGAUUGAGAGCAUUGAGAACCUGGAGGACCUCAAGGGCCACUCGGUGCGCGAGUGGGUGAGCAUGGCGGGGCCCAGGCUGGAGAUCCACCACCGCUUCAAGAACUUCCUGCGCACCCACGUGGACAGCCAUGGCCAUAACGUCUUCAAGGAGCGCAUCAGUGAUAUGUGCAAAGAGAACCGCGAGAGCUUGGUUGUGAAUUAUGAAGACCUAGCAGCCCGGGAACACGUCUUGGCAUACUUCCUGCCGGAGGCACCGGCUGAGCUGCUGCAGAUCUUUGAUGAGGCCGCCCUGGAAGUAGUGCUGGCCAUGUACCCUAAAUACGACCGCAUCACCAACCACAUUCACGUGCGCAUCUCCCACCUGCCUCUGGUGGAGGAGCUGCGGUCACUGAGGCAGCUGCACCUGAACCAGCUGAUCCGAACCAGCGGCGUCGUGACCAGCUGCACCGGAGUCUUGCCCCAGCUCAGCAUGGUCAAGUAUAACUGUAGCAAGUGCAGCUUUAUCCUGGGGCCUUUCUGCCAGUCCCAGAACCAGGAGGUGAAGCCUGGCUCCUGUCCUGAGUGCCAGUCAACUGGGCCCUUUGAGAUCAAUAUGGAGGAGACCAUCUAUCAGAACUACCAACGGAUCCGGAUCCAGGAGAGUCCCGGCAAGGUGGCGGCCGGCCGGCUGCCCCGCUCCAAGGAUGCCAUUCUCCUGGCUGAUCUGGUGGACAGCUGCAAGCCAGGAGACGAGAUAGAGCUGACCGGCAUUUACCACAAUAACUAUGAUGGCUCGCUCAACACCGCCAAUGGCUUUCCGGUCUUUGCCACUGUCAUCUUGGCCAACCAUGUUGCCAAGAAGGACAACAAAGUAGCCGUGGGUGAGCUAACUGAUGAGGACGUGAAGAUGAUCACCAGUCUUUCCAAGGAUCAGCAGAUUGGAGAGAAGAUCUUUGCCAGCAUUGCGCCCUCCAUCUAUGGGCAUGAAGACAUCAAGAGAGGCCUGGCUCUGGCCCUAUUUGGAGGGGAGCCCAAAAACCCAGGUGGAAAGCACAAGGUCCGAGGGGACAUUAAUGUGCUCUUGUGUGGGGACCCUGGCACGGCGAAGUCCCAGUUCCUGAAAUACAUCGAGAAAGUGUCUAGCCGGGCCAUCUUCACCACUGGCCAGGGCGCAUCUGCUGUGGGUCUCACCGCUUACGUUCAGCGGCACCCUGUCAGCAGAGAGUGGACCUUAGAGGCCGGAGCCCUGGUUCUGGCCGACCGUGGCGUGUGUCUCAUUGAUGAGUUUGACAAGAUGAAUGACCAGGACAGGACCAGCAUCCACGAGGCCAUGGAGCAGCAGAGCAUCUCCAUCUCCAAGGCCGGCAUCGUCACCUCGCUGCAAGCCCGCUGCACUGUCAUCGCCGCUGCCAACCCCAUAGGGGGCCGCUACGACCCUUCACUGACCUUCUCAGAGAAUGUAGACCUCACAGAACCCAUCAUUUCCCGCUUUGACAUCCUGUGUGUGGUGAGGGACACUGUUGAUCCAGUUCAGGACGAGAUGCUGGCCCGCUUUGUGGUUGGCAGCCACGUCAGGCACCACCCUAGCAAUAAGAAGGACGAAGGGCUGACCAAUGGUGAUGCCUCGGAGCCAGCCCUGCCCAACACAUACGGCGUGGAGCCCCUGCCUCAGGAGGUCCUGAAGAAGUAUAUCAUCUAUGCCAAGGAGAGGGUCCGCCCAAAGCUCAACCAGAUGGACCAGGACAAAGUGGCCAGGAUGUACAGCGACCUGAGGAAGGAGUCCAUGGCAACGGGCAGUAUCCCCAUCACGGUGCGUCACAUUGAGUCCAUGAUCCGCAUGGCAGAGGCCCAUGCACGCAUGCACCUGCGUGACUACGUGAUGGAAGAUGAUGUCAACAUGGCCAUCCGAGUGAUGCUGGAGAGCUUCAUCGACACACAGAAGUUCAGCGUCAUGCGUAGCAUGCGCAAGACUUUUGCCCGGUAUCUCUCCUUCCGGCGAGAUAACAACGAGCUGCUGCUCUUCAUACUGAAGCAGUUGGUGGCUGAGCAGGUGACAUAUCAACGCAACCGCUUUGGGGCCCAACAGGACACCAUUGAGAUACCUGAGAAGGACUUGAUGGACAAGGCCAGGCAGAUCAAUAUCCACAACCUCUCCGCCUUCUACGACAGUGAGCUUUUUAGGCUCAACAAGUUCAGCCGUGACCUGAAACGCAAGAUGAUCCUGCAGCAGUUCUGAGACUGGCCCAGGGCCCCUUUGUCUAGACAAGGCUGUCACCACUCUGCAGACCCAGCCCACUUCCACCAGGGGCGCUCCCUGUGAGGGAAGGAUGAUAGCUUAAUGCAGACCUUUACCGGUGAGCCCCAUGGCCCAGGCUGCAGUGUGAAGUGACUAUUUAUUCUUCUGCUCGCCUCUAGAGUACUCUUCUUGGCCAGGCCCUCUGCCCAAGGCUCCUUCAGCCUCCCAGAGUGCCUCAGAGCUGGUGUUCAGGAGGCUGGGGCUGUGUUCAAGUGUUGGACUUUACCAGAACUAUUGCUGUUUUGGCAUGAGUUUUGUUUCUGGGCUGUUUCUUCCCCUUUUAGACAAAGAGCAACUUAGAAGUGUUUGCAAACUUUUCCAGAACAUUCUCAGAGCCUGUGGUGGAAGAGCCCUGCCUGCCGAGGGCCUGUGCUCUUUGGGGCAGACCACUCUCUGGUCACUGCUGCUGUGUGGGAUCCUGUUUCCUUCCCACCUAACCAGUGCCUUUGUUCGCUUUUGUACAGUUUCUUGUCUUUGUAGUUUACUUUUUAAUAAAGUUAAAUAAAACUUAAA